GAGAGGCCAUUCACUUUCUCCAAAGUUCCAGAUGGAGAAGGAACGACAACGAGCCGAGCUAACCUCGGUACGAUAAUACUGAAGAUUAGACGCGUGAAGCGACUGGCGGAGAAGGAGUCUGAUGCACCGAGGCAGGUGCCGGACAGGAUGCAGGGGCCGCAGAAAGUCGGCGAUCAUUGUAUUGGAUUUGGUCAGGAAAGAGAGACGUGGCUCCAACACCCAAAGACUUUCAGUACCCAACCAUACGAUAGAAGAAGUCCAGGAUCCUACGUUACCUUCGUAUUCCGGUAUCGUUCGCCAGGUUCGCUG